AUGACGGUGAGCACGGCCACAGCUGCUGCGGCCACCGCAACUACGGCACCACCACCAGCAGCAGAAAAAGCAGAAACUGCUGCUUCUGGUGCAAAGAAGCCUGAUUCAAUCCCACCAAAGCGUGGUCGAAAGAAGUCGAAGGAAGUGACUGAUACCCGAGUGGACGCAGCACCGCGUGCCACACAUGCCUCUGCAACCAGCACAAAGAAGACGAUCGUGCCACCGCCCGCUGUGGUGGCGGAGAUACCAAAAGAAGUGUGCGAAACAAUGCAAGAGCCCACACCACUCUUCGCAGUUGAUGUUCUCCGUAUAGUCGGGGAAUGGAGAACUGCCUGCGCAGAUGCACCGCUGGAGGGAGCCGAUAAAACAGAGACCCAAGAUGAGAACAAGGGAGAUGUCUCUUCUCCCCCCUCCCUCGAAAGAUCCAGUGUAAGAGGGACAACCACCACACUGGGGUCUGCCGCACUGGGUGCACUGCUUACUCGUGCAGUGAAACUACCGGAAGAAUUCCCAGAGCUUCAUCACCUGCUAAGCAUGCAGCUGCCGCAGUGUCGACACCCUCGAAAUAGGGUAACCGUUCUUCACGCAACAGAUGUCGUGAGAAAUGUCGAUCAGUUAAGUGUUCUUGUCGCCUUUCUGUGUUUGUACCGGGCUAGCGCGUUUAACAGUGCACCGGUGUACGAGGGGGUCGUGGGGGAACUCGUGCGUGCAAUUGGCCUGUGGCGCGAGGAGCUGGAUAUCACCUCAAGGACACAGCAGCAGCAGCAGCAACAACACCACGAGUAUGCUGAAAUGAAGAAGGCGUUGAUGUGGCUUGCCCUGGAACUAAGACGGAGCCACUUUGAGGCUACCGCUGCUGUUAGUAGGACUAACGCCGCAGCGACGAAAAAGAAGCAGAAGCAGAAGGGAAAAGAGAGUGAAAGGAAGGAAAAAACGAGGGGUGCGGCGUUGAAGGGCAAUACCUGCGAUCACAAGAAGUGGCUGGAGGAUACCACACAGGCCCUGCUCGUGGAGGUUGCCGUUUCAACUGCCAAUCUCAUCGCGCAUAGGGCGAGUAGUUCCAAACUGCAGUCUCUCAGCGAAGGCAUCUUGGAUAUGGCGGUUGUUCUUCUCACCACUGAGAUGGCCGGUGAGUCGCAGGUACACACAAAGGAGGCAGACAUUUGGGUAAAGUGCAUUUCCCAUUUGGAGAUUGCAGUGGACGCGUACUUGCGCCAAAAAGCGGCACUUGAGGGUGCAAUGUGCAGCGUGCUGGAUGUGCGGGCACACUGCAUUGAUCUGCUUGAUGCGCUGCGGAUGUUAGCAAUUGUGGACACCGCCAUUCCUCCGCAGCUGCGGGAGCGCACAAAGCACGAUGUGGUGGACUGCUUCCUGAAGCUCUGCGGCGGUGUUGGUGCACAGCCAGCAGUUUUUUCGGAUGUGCUAUGCAGCGUGGAAAUUGCGCAACGAGUGCGGGCAUUACCAUCGAGGGAGCUCUGCGACGCCAUUGAGGCAGCCGUUUUCACAGGUGCAGCGCUCUUUUGCGAACGUGCCGAUGACAACGCUCUCGAGCAGCUGCUACAGCGCAUAAACACCGAAAGCGAGACAUCGACGCAUGAUGGCGGCAAUACCGAGAUAAACGAGAAUGAUGAGAGAGACGGAGGAUUACAGGAAUUACCUCCGCUGUCAAGGCGUGCAAACGUCGCGUUUGCGCUCUUCUCUGUUGGGUUUGAUCCUGAAGCUGUGUUGAAGAGUGGCCUGUGCGUGGGACACUCCGCGUUGGAGGUGCUCGAACUGCUGCAAGGUGCUGCAAAUUUCUCUCGGUCGUUUGCUCUUGCACCGCUGCCGGCGCGCCUAGCUAUGUCGCUCACGUCUGAGAGCGCAACACUCAUUGAGGCUCGUAUACGAGCAGAAAGCCGAGCAGGUGCCUCUCCGACGGAGCUGCUUGAGGCGCCUAAGUCCCUUCGUGAAGUUUUGGAGGAGAAUGAGUUAACGUACAAGAACAGGAAUGGUGGCAGCAUUAAUAGCGGUGGCCGAAAAUCGGGCUCCGUGUCACUUGGGAUGACUUUACAUUUGGCUCUCGCGACGGCGAUUGAGCUUCUUGUGCGUGGGGAAGAGAAGAGGAUGAGCACGCAUUUGGUGCGGCUGCUCACGCUGCUGGAGCGGGAGGGAUCGUAUCACUACCUUGUUGAUGGGCUGUCGCUGUUGAUAGACGGCUUUGUUGAGCGCUUCCGCCAUGCUGGAAGGCGUCAGCGUCUUUUGCAGCAUCACAUGCCAAACAAUACGUCUCUGGAGGUUGAACGAUCCCUAUCGGAGGUGACUGCGCUUUUUGUGCCGCGUGUGGUGGAGACAGUACAGCGGCAGUUGGCGAGAACAAGGCGUGAUAGCGUCAUGAACGAUGCGGAGCAAGGUGCUGCGAUGCAGUUGCUGCAGGAGGUCCUACACUUCACUGUCUACGUCAUUACAUGUGGUAUGAAUGCGACGACAGCGAAACAACUCGUGGGGCUCCACACAAUGGUCGUUAAAUCCCUCGGAUCCGGUGGCCCUGGCAAUGAUAUCGCGUCUUUGUCAGACACAGUGAACCGGUUGAACAUUCUUGUUUCGCACGUGGGUGCGAAACAGCGGGACCUUGGUCUCUCAAGACACCCUGGAUCACCAGGAUUACGGCAUUGCAGCACCGUCCUUAACGAUGUUGUUGCCGCUCAUUUGAAGCCGAUUGCCGCCGCCAUUCAGCGUGGUGGCAGCAUUGAGACGACGCGGGAGCGCUACCAUGUCUUCUCUAUCGUGAGUCUGUUGUUCCGCCUCGUCUCGGAGUAUGCGGUGGAGGUGGAGCCUGCUGAGUUGCGGGAGUUCCGCACCGACGUGUUGGAUCCUGCACUGACGCGUGUUCUGCAGCAAACGAAUAAUGGGACUAGUCAGCGGGAUGAGGCGCUAGAUCUAGCUGCGAUAAGCGAGAUCACGGUCGUGAUGUGCGUUCCUCGCACGAUUCAUCACCUCUCUCGCCAGCUGCUGGAUCAACUCGCCACUGCUGUAGAGAUUGCGACGCCAAAACAGCUUAAUCAAGCACGAACAAAAGAGCAGAAGCGCCAAAACAGCAAAAUAGCGGCACGCCUCCUUAUUUCUGUUGCUGCUGUGUGUCAGUUGCGGCAGGAAAAGCUUACAGCACGGUACCUCACAGUAGUAGAAGCACUUGGACCGUUGCUACUACCUGCUGAUGUAUCGGCGGUUUUGGGGGCAUUCGUCGAGUUCCAUGUGCCUGCCGACACUGAAGCGGUGAUUGCGUUGCGUAGUCAACUGGCGACGGAGGCGGGAGCACCCAAUUCCUCACUCUCUGUGCCUGAGACAAUGUUGGCGUUGCAGGUGCUGUGCGAGUUGGAGGACACCAAUCGACUUGCCUGCGCAGCUAUACUGCGACGUAUUGUCGAUUCUGGCUACCAGCUAAGUCCGGGGGAAGCUGGCAUCGUUGUGCGCAUCGCCACAAAGUUGCAGCUGUUGGGAGGUGCCCUCACGGACGCAGACCUGAAGUUUCUAGGUGAUCUUCCAACGUCGCUUGCGGAGACGGUGCUUCAGGUGCGGCAGCAGUGUUCCCCCUCAGAUUUGCCGCUCGUAUUGCAGGGCUUUUCACAGUUGAACAGGGAGCGCUACGGUGAUUUACAGGACCGCGUAAUGAAAGCAUACAUCCUGCGGACAAUACAACUGCGGCAGAUGCUUAGUCCAAAAGAGGUUGUCGAGUGUCUCGAGAGCUACGCGGCAGCGCGGGUGAGCCACCAGUACGUCUUUGGUGUGCUGCUGUCACGUGUGGCUGACAUUAAGUUAAAGUUCUCACUGCCACUUAUAGUGCGGCUUGUAAUGUGUGGUGUGAAUGCUACGUGGGAUAAGAGUGUUCAGACGGCUUGCCUCACCGCCGCGCAGCCGGUGUUUCUCGGGCUUGUGCGUCACUUGCUGCAGAGCGACCCAGCCUCGCUCCCCUCUGUCGCGAGCAACGCUGUUGUGGUACUAGAGUGCCUCACCGAGGCAUUCCCGAACGAUCCGACAAGCGACCUUGUGCUGCAAAACAUGGCAUCGCACCACACGGCUCUUUCACUCACGACUACGUUGGCUGUUCUUCGCCUCAUCGAAAGGAAAAGCUCGACAGAGUACAAUAUUCUGCGCUGUAUGACAGAACACGCUGCGGCGGUGCUAUUCCCGCAAACGUCUCCACGUGAAUUUGCAGACCUUACACGACAAUUUGUUCAGUGCGGCGUUCGAUCCCGGACGCUGCUUAGCGCAGUCGCCAAGCGAUUUCAAGAAGUUAAGGAUAAUUGCGAUGGAGGUGUACUCGCAACCCUUUCAGAGGCUUUCACCAUUGCCCACGUUGAUCUAGAGAAGGCGGUAAUAACAACGCUUGUCGAGCGAACGGUGGCAAUUUCGCAGAGUCCUGACAAUACCCUGCCUAUCCCACACUGUGUCACCAUUCUCAAGUUAUUCGAGCUUCUGGACCUCGCCGACGUGGCACAUGCGACCACCCUGCUUCUGGACAGUGUCGCGGCAACGUUGGAAGAGGACGAAAGGUGUCAAACUGGAGUUAUACUUCGUUCCCCAGAGGACAUCAACGUUCUUAUAUCCGCCUGCCUGCGUGUGAAUUUGCCACAACAUCUAAAGCUUUCUCGUCGGUGUGCCGACGAACUUUUUAAAAUCAUUGAAUCGGAGCGCUCUGGUGAGGGCCAGCAGCGUCCUGUGGGUGGCGGCUGGCAGGCCGACCUCAUGCUGGUCGUCCGGCUCACCAGUGGAGUGGUGCAGUUAGGGUUGGCAGACCACCCUGUAGUUCCUCACCUCUUCGAUACCCUGUAUGAGAAGAGGAGUGCGCUGAUGCGCCGUAGGCUGCUUAUGCAGACGGCCACAGAGAUGAUCCAGACAGCGGGGGAGGAAGCACAUCAGCAACUGUACGCACUCCUUGUGGAGGGAAAAUUGGUGGCGUAA